AUGAUAAGACACGGGUCCCUCUGGGAGAAAAGAAUGGCUACAUUAACGCAAGUUACAUUAGAAUGAAAGUUGGAGAAGAGGAACAUUUCUAUAUUAUAACCCAAGGGCCUCUGUCAUCAACCAUGGCUGAUUUCUGGCAAAUGGUCUGGGAGAGUGAAUCAGAUGUGAUUGCCAUGAUGACAAAAGAAGUGGAGCUAGGGCACAUCAAAUGUCAUCGAUACUGGCCUGAACCUCCUCAUGACUCUAUAGACCUGGCUGAAUUCCAGCUCAGGCUAGACAGCUACCAGGUUCUGGAAUAUUUCAUAAUUAGAACAAUAGAAGUGAUCAACAAGCAGACAGAAGAGAAGCGCAUUGUAAAGCAUUUGCAGUUUACCACUUGGCCAGACCACAAUACUCCCAAACUAGCUGAGCAGCUUGUAAAAUUUAUUUUUUACAUGAGAAAAGCUCACAGUACAGGACCUAUUGUUGCUCACUGCAGCACUGGCAUUGGACGAAGUGGGGUUUUGCUGUGUGUUGAAGUUCUGCUCAGCUACAUAGAAAAAGAUUUACGUUUCAACAUCAAACAGAUAGUGAGAGAUUUGAGAGGUCAGCGUUUUGGCAUGAUCCAAACUAAG